UAUUUAUAAGUUCCAGAGGAACUUCACAGAUGAAAUUCCGAUAGUCGCGCGCUACCCGCGAUCCCGGCCUUACGUCCCCAAAAUAUCCGGAACAUUAAUUAAAAGUAAAAUAUGAUUUGAUUGAGUGACGUUUGGUGUUCAUAGCAGUGCGUAUAUUUGUGACAUAGAAACAUAACACACAACACGGACAAUAUCACCAUGCCAAUCGGUAACGUGAGUAAGGACAGCGGGCCUCGGCGGGAGAGCUUUAGGCCGCCCUGGGUCAAGGAGAAGGAUGUGGAGGCACCUCCUUCUUGGAUGCAGAAGAAACUGAAGCCAGUCGAGAGCACCACGAAGACUGUGCCCGUGGAGGUCGAGACGCCGGUAGCGACGCCCGCCAAGACUUUGAAACCUGCGCUAAAAAAACAAACAACAAUCAAAGACAAAGCAGAGAACGGAGUCGCCGCACCAGUAGAAGAGAAGCUUGUCAAGCCUUCAGCAGCCAAACAAGCGGACCAGGCAUCAAAACCAGCUGAAGAAAAACCUAGAUUCACCAAACCAGCCCUUAAAAGUGCUCUCAAGUCCGAAGAUAAAGGAACAGAAAGACCAACACUUAAAAGUGUUCGAACAAUUGAUGAUAAAGCUAAAGAAAAGUCAGUGACUAUAGUCGAUAAGAAACCAGAAAGGAAUGGUCCUAGUAAAGCAAAUAGCACGGUAAAUGACAAGGUUGCCGAGAAAAACUCUGUCGCAAGCAAAGACGUUAAACCUGUAACAAAAGUUCUUAACGAUAAGGUGUCGAAAUCAGUUCCCGAGAAACCAAUUUUGAAAGGUUUUGAAGACGUCGUAAUCAAACCCAUUGAAAAAGAACCUAAGCGUUUCGUUUCAAAGCCAGAAGCGAAGCCUGCAGUUACUCCAAAAGUUGAAGUUAAGCCUCCAGUGACUACAAAAGUUGAGGCCAAGCCGGCAGUGACCCCAAAAGUCGAAGCCAAGCCUGCAGUCACUCCAAAAGUUGAACCAACGCCAAAAGUUGAACCAAAAUCUAUUGUCCCAGAAAAAGAAACUGAGGACAAAAAGAUGGCCACCAAACCACCGCUAGAGAAGCCUUCUUCAAAGCUCCCACCGCGCAAACCGCCCAUACAAAAACAACCGUCAAAAGAUGACGUGCCGGUAAAGAAAUGGCGAGACCCCCUGCAUGAGCGUGUCAAGGAGAACAUAGAUAAGACCCUUAACAAUGAGAUACCUAAGGGCCACACGCUGACUAAGAAUGAGAGUUUGAGAAGUCUGCUGAAGCCGGCCCCGCCGCCCAUGCCACCGCCUUUACCGCCGAAGAUGCCCCCACCGCCAGAGUUCAAAAAGGCCCCCGUAGAUCCCGAGAAACUGAAGAGGCUGGAACAGCUGCGCAGCAGACCACGAAGGAGACCAGACUGGACAGAUAUGAUGAAAGAGGUCGAGCAGGGAAAGAAACUGAAGCACGUUGUUUGUAACGACAGAUCAAGCCCAAUCAUAACAACAUCAACAGUUGUCAAAAACAAAGGACAGUUUAUAUUCGAAUCAGAAAAGCCAAACUCACACAAUGCUCUAUUAAAAGAGAUCUCCAAAGGUAUUAAACUGAAGAAGACGAAGACUAACGAUAGGAGUAAACCUAAUCUCGAAGGUUUGAGGAAGUUCAGGAGACAGAUGACGAUCGAGGAGCAGGUUCAGAAGAGCAUGUCGCAGGCGAACCUCGCGGCCUCGCCGUCUGGAGUCGGCCUAGCGGCGGGCGCAGCCGAGGCAAGUAGCACUCAUAUCCCAGUGCCACCAGAAGAGGAAGAGAUCGAUGAAAUGGAUGACAUCGAUAAGGUCAGAGACGAUCUGCAAUCAACCAAACAACUGUUGGCUAUUGAGCUCAGAAACAAAGAAGCACAAGAAAGAGAAAACAAACGUCUCCUAACAAGGAUACAGAACUUAGAAGCAGAGUUAGCAAGAGAGAGAGCUUUCAUAAAACAAGAACAGCACAAGACAGUGAUCUCAGUCACUGAUGCUUACGAUGAGAGACUAGUCAACAACCUAAAGAUGGAAGUGGAGAAAGCUAAAGAAACUGCCGACAAUUUGCAGAAACAGUAUUUAGAAGCUGCAGAGGACAGGGACACAGCGCUAACAGACUUAGAAGAAGUGAAAAGACUGAACGCGGAGUUGCAGAAGAAGUUGGAACAGGCUAUGGCGAACAAUAACGAAAUUGAAAACCUUUACCAAUCGGAGGAACCUUUGUCGUUCUACCAAAAGCGACAGCUGGAUUUCGAAAAGGAAUGCAGGUUGUUGGGUAUUGAAGUGAACUCACCAGAGGCCGAAGCUUUGAGGAAAAGGCAGCAUGACGCAAAUAACAAUGACGCUAAAACUGAUAAUGCUUAUACUAACUCAGACGCUAGCGAGGGUAUUAUGCCAACAAGCGUGGGUUCGCGUCGCUCGAGUCACGCCAUCAAACAGCUGUCCGUCACCAAAGACGACAGCUUCGAGGAAGAAGAGGAAUCUGAAGCCGAAGAGGAGGAGAGCGAGGAGAAGAAGCAGAAACGACUGGAGAAGGAGGUCCGCAACAUGAGGAACAAGAUUCGUUACCUGAAGGAAAAGCAAGACCACAUGAAGCGCGAGCGCAUGGGCUUCAAGAUGUCGCUCAAGAACCAGCAGGCCGCGCUCAAGGAGGAGAAACGAAAAUACAAAGAGCUGAAACGCGAAGUCGACAAGAUGGCGGCUAUGAUGAAGGAAUGCGGUUCCGAGGACGAUGAUGAAGAUGACGAGGACGAAGAGUCGGAGGAAGAGGAGAAGAAGUCGGAGUCAGAAGAAGAAACCGAGACUGAAACAGAACAGGACACUGAGAGUGAGACGGAGAGCGAGAGUGAACCAGAGGAUGCGCCCUUACCAAACAAGAAGGAUAAUCUCACGAAACGGAUGAAGCGACACGAGACGAGAGUCCACGCACUCAAGAAGGGCAACGCUCUCCUCAUGGCCAACGUGGACCGUCUGAAGGAUGACGUAUUAAAACAGAGGGAGGAAUCAGUAACCCUUCAGAAGGAACUCGACUCCCUCAUCGACGAUCUUGAUUAGAAUAGUACCUAAAAUGCUUUUGUAAUUUGAAACGCUACUUUCCUAACACUAUUUUGUAAUGAUAUACCAAAAUUGACUUUAUUUUUAGAAGCUUAAGGCAUUAAUUAUGAAUACCAGUACCAGGUUCUGUUUUUCGGUAAGAUCGUUUUGAUGAAUGAAACAGCACUUAAUAGUAACACAGAUCUAUUAUACUUAAUUUAAAAUCAGAAUGGUUAUAAUUUUAAUUACUUGGCACUACCAGUGGUUGUUGUCAAGUGUUGCCUGUUCACAAAAACCUGCCACUUAUAUUUCUAUCACGUAAAGCUGCAAUUUAUAUGGAGAAGUUACCUAUUAAGCAAUGUAGAUUAAACUCUAUCAACAAGUGAAAUAAUCAAAACAUAUCUCUAUUUAGAUAGUCCAAGGAUUAGAAAACAUUUGUGUAGAUAGUAUAAUUAUCGAAUGGUUUAAUAGAACAGCCAAUUAAACGAUUAAUUUAAUUAUGCUUAUUAAAAUUUUCAUCUAAUUUUUUCAAAAUAUGUUUGGCUAGUCUUUCAAAGUAUUACUUCUUUUAAUUGCCUAUUCCCUUUGAAUAAUAUUUAUUAUCCAAUUUUAUUGUAAUUUACUACCAUAACUAUACUUCAAGAUAAUAUUUAUUUAUUUACUUACUCAUAUUUGCUAUCAUGUGAUUUGUACAUAAUGUUUUUUUUAAGUUUACUAUUAUUUUUAAUGUAUACAUAAUAUUGUAUUACCAAACGCCACAAUAAACUUUUACACAAUAAUUUUAA